AUGGCUAGCAUUUUACUCUUCCCUUUGCUACUAUACAUCUACUUCCUGAGCCUCGCCACAGCCCAGAAGACCAACCAUGUCUCAACCGACCUAUUCAACUCCCUCGAGGAGUUAUCCCGAAUAGUGGACAUCUCAUACUGCGUCGGAACAUCAGAAGUACACAAACCAUUCCAGUGUCUGAGCCGCUGCACCGAUUUCCCAGAUCUAGAACUAGUAACAACCUGGAAUACAGGCCUCCUUCUCUCCGACUCAUGCGGCUACAUAGCCCUCUCCCACAACCCAACCUCCAAGAAAAUCCUCCUCGCCUUCCGCGGCACAUACUCAAUAACAAACACAAUAAUCGACCUCUCCGCCUACCCCCAAGCCUACAUCCCCUACCAAGAAGAGAACACUCCCUGCGAGAACUGCACCAUCCACGCAGGCUUCAUGCGCUCAUGGCAGCACACCAGAGCAGAAAUUCUCCCCCAGAUCUCCGUUCUUCGCGAAAAAUACCCAGAUUACCCCAUAACGCUGGUAGGCCAUUCCCUCGGCGGAGCAGUUGCAGCACUAGCGGGACUGGAGAUGCGUCUGAAAGGCUGGGAUGCGACUGUGACGACGUUCGGGGAACCUAUGAUUGGGAAUGCGGCGUUUGCGAGAUUCCUCGAUGAACAGUUCGGACUCGAUGGGAUCGCGGUUCCACCGCUUGAAGGGGGUCAGCGGUUUCGUCGUGUAACGCAUGUCGGGGAUCCGGUUCCUAUGUUACCGCUUGUGGAGUGGGGGUAUAGUCCUCAUGCUGGGGAGGUUUUCAUCUCGAGGGAGGGAUUGCCGCCCCGGGUGGAGGAUGUGGUUCAUUGUGUUGGUGCGAAUGAUCCUGCUUGUAUUGCUGGUGGGGGGAGCGAGGGGGUUUUGGUUGAAUUGUAUCGGGAUUUGAAUGUUCCUGUUGGGUUGGCUGGUUCUGGUUCUGGUAGGGAGGGGUGUCGGUCGACUGAUGGUGAUGGUGAUGGUGAUGGAAGCGGUGCUGUGACGGGGGAGCAGGCUGUGUUGGAACGUUCACGGUUGAGUUCUGAUCUUACAGGUUGUGAGGAGCGGUUAUCGCCCCUUCGGUGGGAUUGGUCUCUUAUACCGGCGAGGUAUCGACUUUGGGAACUGUUUUAUGCCCAUCGGGAUUAUUUCUGGAGGAUUGGGCUUUGUGUUCCGGGGGGUGAUCCAACUGGAUAG